AAAACUUCAAAAGACUAUAAAACUCGAAACACAAACCGUUCAUUACGUCACUACGAAGAAGCGACAACAUGCGGCUGAUCUUGGUUCUGUUCUGUCUUCUGCUGGCGCUUGGUCUCACAACUGCUUCCCCUUGCCGUAAUGGUGGAAGAUAUAUUCGGGGCGGUACGCAUAGACACCAGUGUCUUUGUAGGACCGGAUAUUAUGGUCUCCGUUGUCAGUACUAUUGCGACGAGAGCUUUGCUGUUUUCAUAGCACGACAAUGGGCUAGUAUGUGUUCUGUGAAAAAAGUGAGAGAAUCAUGCAGGCUAUCAUGUGCUCUCUGCACCGGACCCACAUGUAAGGAUCUGUAUAAGAGGCGGUGUAUGAGAAGGGUGACAGUGUCAGUCGUACGAGCAAAAAGGAGCUUUUGUAAAACAGCGACGAAAACAUGCCGGAAAGAGUGCUACUAAA